AUGAUCGGGAUUAUUCCUCGGGAAUAUUACCUCGAAAAGAAAGAUGCAGAAGACAUUUGCAAUGAGAAACUCAGAAAGAGUGCUCUAGCAACCUAUAUGACAGAUACAGACAGGCAAGACAGCACAGACACGGGUGCAGACACCACAGAUGAUGAUGAUGAUCGCCGUGAGACGCCCAAGAAAUCCACAGAUGAUGAUCAUCAUGAAGAUCCUGAGACACCCCAGCACUCCAAGGAGACCAAAAAAUCCAGCACUAAGGAUAGGGUAGCAGUGCUUGAAAAGCGUUACCAAUCACUUAAAAGAAAACUAAACGCUUUGGAAGACAGGUUAUUGGAUAUGGAAGAAAAACCUCGAGAACAAAAUGAUGCUGAAUCCAACUUGAUAGAAAAGGUGAAACACCUUCAAUCUACCGAUGUUCAAGACGUUAUCGUAACGCUCUCACAACAAGUCUUCACAAAAGAGGAACUCAUAAAUCGUAGUGUAACAGGCAAGAAGUCCCAUCUCGGCCAAAAGCCCCCACUUAAAACUGAACUCUACAAUGAGUUGCAACGAGUUUGCAUGCUAAAGACGGGUUGCUCGAAGGAUGUUUUCAGGUCAAAGUUCAGAAAUCUGCAGAAGGUACUAGAUCAUCCACGAUAUGCAGGGGAGUGGCCUCAAGUGGCUAAGCUGAUCAGGAUAAAUGAUAAGAAAGGAACAUACAAGAUCCAAUGGGAGAAACUGCCUGUCAAGUUAAACAAUACUGAUAGUGAAAGUGGAAAAGUAUCUGAAGAAAAUGGUUUAUUGUCAGAAGCUGAUAUGAUAGGUCCAUCAAUUGAACCAGAUGGUAUUGAUACUUCUGGAAAGGGCAGAGUUAGAAGAAAACCUAGUUGGAUGAAUGAUUAUAUUGCCUAA